AUGGCGUCUGGUACUCUGUACACUUAUCCUGAAAAUUUUCGGGCUUAUAAAGUACUGAUCGCGGCUCAAUAUUCAGGAGCUCAGAUCAAGGUUGCUGAGAAUUUUGUAUUCGGUGACAGCAAUAAGUCCAAAGAAUUUCUUCAAAAAUUCCCAGUGGGCAAGGUACCAGCUUUUGAAUCCAAGGAUGGACUAUGUCUCACAGAGAGCAAUGCUAUUGCUUACUAUGUGGCUAAUGAACAGUUGAGAGGCAAGUCUGAUAAAGAGAAAGCUGAAAUUAUUCAAUGGCUCGAUUUUGCUGACUCGGAAAUUCUUCCUGCCAGCUGUGCCUGUGUAUUCCCUCUUCUUGGAAUUAUGCCGUACAACAAACAGACGGUCGAGAAUGCAAAAGAAGACAUGGCUAGAGCUUUGAAUGCUCUUAAUACUCAUCUUUUAUCAAAGACAUACUUGGUAGGAGAACGCAUUACUCUUGCUGACAUUAGUGUAGCCAUGACAUUGAUGCAUCUCUAUCAAUAUGUCCUUGAGCCCAAGACUCGUCAGCCUUACCAGAAUGUUAACAGAUGGUUCCAAACUAUCGUUAACCAACCACAAACUAUUGCUGUUAUUGGCAAUUUCAAAUUAGCUGAUAAAGCUCUUGAGUAUGAUCCCAAGAAAUUUGCCCAGGCUUUAGGAGGAAAGGGUAAGAAGGAAAAGGAACAAAAAGAAAAGAAAGAACAGCCCAAGAAAGAGCAAAAGAAACCGGAAGGACCAGCUGAGGAACCCGAUGCGGCUGAAGCAGCUCUUGCAGCAGAGCCGAAAUCAUCAAAUCCCUUCGAUGCCAUGCCAAAGGGUACUUUUGAUAUGGACGAUUUUAAACGGUGCUACUCCAACGAAGAUGAAAAGGUCUCAGUACCCUACUUCUGGGAAAAAUUCGACCCAGAGCACUACAGUAUCUGGUUUGGAGAGUACAAGUACAACCAAGAAUUGACUAAAGUUUUCAUGUCUUGCAAUCUCAUCUCUGGUAUGUUCCAACGUCUUGAUAAAAUGCGUAAAGCUGCAUUUGGUAGUUUUUGUCUAUUUGGAUCUGACAACAACAGUUCCAUCAGUGGUGUCUUCAUAUGGCGUGGUCAGGAGCUUGCAUUCCCGUUGAGUCCCGAUUGGCAAGUAGAUUACGAGUCAUACACCUGGACAAAACUCGACCCAAAAGAUCCUAAAACCAAGGAGACAGUCAACAACUAUUUGUUUUGGACGGGUACCGACAAAGAAGGACGUAAAUUCAACCAAGGAAAAAUUUUCAAAUGA